AUGGUUGUUGACUUAAUCCAUCAAGAUACCAGAAGCUGGAACACACAAAUCAUCAAUCAGAUCUUUCCAGCUGAAAUUGCAGCAACUAUCACCUCCAUUCCUUUAGGAUGGAAAACAUCAGAGGAUUUCUUUUAUUGGAACCGGAGCAGGAAUGGAUAUUUCUCUGUAAAGUCAGCCUAUUACAAGUUACAAGCCUCUAAGCUAGCUCAAUCGCCAAGCAAUUCUGAGGUUACCUUUCCCUGGAAGAAACUGUGGUCAGUGCCUAUGCCAAGAAAAAUAAAACAUUUUCCUUACAGAGUAGCAUACAAUGCAGUUCCAUGCAAGGCAAACCUGCUUCGUCGAGGGGUACAGGUUGAGGUAGAAUGUCAAAGCUGCAGUAAUCAAGAGGCUGAAUCGGCAGAGCACAUGUUCUUGUGUUGCCCUUGGGCAAGAGCAGCGUGGUUCUCCCACCAGAUAGGAUUGAGAACGGAUCUGAUCCGGGAUAGUUUCGCAGCAUGGUUCAAGCAGUGUUGCAUUGAUAAGACAAGAGAGGAGUUGGCUCUGAUCUUUCAAGGGUUGUGGGCUAUCUGGAAAGCAAGAAAUGAGAGGGUUUUCAACAAUAAAGCUGCAGACUCAACCGUCAUUAUGCAGCGAGGCUUAGCAGUGUUAAGGGAGUGGGAAGAAGCUCAAGAUCGUCCUCAGGUUCAGCGAGAUGAGCUCCGUGUCAACAUAUGGACUCCUCCACCAGAAGGUUUGUUGAAGGCGAAUGUCGAUGCAGGAUGGUCAGGGAUACCUCAACUGGUUUUGGUUUGGUAG